GUGCCGGAAGAGGAGGAAGCGAAUCAGUUUCACCGCUUGGUGACGGUUCUGCACGAUCUGUUCUUCUACCGCACGCUGAACCGCGAUCGCAUUGUGUCCCUGCGCUCCAAUAUCGUGAACCUGCUGACGAGCGUCCCGGUAAGCUGUUACCUCGAGCUGGUAACGCCACUGCAAACCAAAGAGGAACAGGACCUGAUGCAGGACGAUGCCGACGAGUCCUCCGUCACCCCACCGACCGUGCCGUUCGAGGAAAAGAACGUUUACGUGCUGCAGGUGUUGGUGGAAUUUCUGCGUCGCAACUUUCAACGUGCGGAGAAAAAGUCGGAUCAGUACGAGAUGCUAUCGCCAGUGCUGACCGUACUGAUCAAGGCGAUCCGUGCCGAUCCGGUGCAUCGGCGUUACGUCCGCUCGGUAAUACUGCCACCGUUGCGCGAAGUACACGAUCGGCCCGAAAUAGGCAAGGAGCUUCGAAACUAUCUCUGCGCGCUGCUAACCAGUCCUUGCACGCAGAUUGCCGACUUAUCGGGCGAACUACUGUUUGUGCUGUGCAAGGAAAACGUUGGCCGAAUGAUCAAGUACACCGGGUACGGCAAUGCGGCAAUGGGUUUGUUUGCCAACCGGGGGCUGCUCGGUGGCCGAUCGGUUAAGGUAUCCGAACAGUAUUCGUCCGACAGCGAGGACAGCGACACGGAAGAGUAUAAGCAGCUGCAGCACGGCAUAAACCCUGUGAUCGGUUGCUACGAGCCGGCGAAACCGAACCCUCUCGAGGGUAUGUCCGAGGAACAGAAAGAGUACGAGGCGAUGGAGCUGGUGAAGCUGAUGGACAAAUUGCAGCGCCAGGGUCUUAUUCAACCGUGCAAAAUCGGGGAUGAUGGGCGACCGCACGCCGUGGACCACAUAAUGGAACUGCAGGAGGAAAUUCCCGAGCAGCAGCGCGACUACAAGCGAAAGACAUAA